GUGUGUGUGUGUGUGUGUUAACUGUCAGUGUCGGACUUCAUCAACACUCCAUCAAUAAUCAGAGGAUCGACAACAUCCGCCUUAACCCAGAGUGACCAGCGGACAGACAUGGCGCUCAACCGAAACCACCACCCGAACGGCGGAGUGCUGAUCCAGGCCGGAGAGAGCAUCUUGCGAGAGUGUAAGAAUGUGGAGCUUUCCUUCAGCGACGUCACACCUAAGAACGACCUGUUCAAGGGCACCAAGAAGGGCUCCGUCUACCUCACCCAGUACCGGCUGGUGUUCGUCAGCAGUGUGAUGAAGGAGAAGUUCUGCUCCUUCAUGUUCCCGUAUUACCUGAUGAAGAACUGCAGCAUUGAGCAGCCGGUGUUCUCCGCUAACUUCAUCCAGGGCCUGAUCAAGGCGGAGGCCGGAGGUGGAUGGGAGGGUCAGGCCGGCUUCAAGCUGUCGUUCCCCAGCGGUGGAGCCAUUGAGCUCGGACAACACCUGUUCAAACUGGCCACCAACGCCUCUCGGGCUCCUCCCGCUCAGAACGGAGCGUUUGGAUUGGCUGCAGGGAUGAACGGAUACGCCAGUCCAGCAAUGCCGCAGCCGUACCCGUAUCCCAGCAUGCCUCAGGCCCCGUACAGCCAAUACCCAUACGCCCCUGCGGCAGGUGUGUAUCCCAGCGCGCCGGUCUACAUGGCUCCGCCUCCUCCGUAUCCCGGCCCCCCGCAGGAUUGGGCCGCUCUUCCAGUGGCUCCGGCUAAUGCUAAAGCAGCGGAAGCAGCUAGCAGCGCCUUCUACAAUCCCAGCAACCCUCACAGCGUCUACAUGCCCUCGGAUCUGCCUCCUCCAUAUUUCCCUCCGGAGAAUCCAGAAAAGAAGAACAACUGAGGAGACCCUGACCUCCAGCUGACCCCUGACCUCCAGCUGACCCCUGACCUCCAUCUCCAGUGCAGACGCUAACUAGCUAACCAGUUCAACUAACUCUUCUGCUCUGUUUUAAUCCUGCAGUGUGUGUGUGUGUGUGUGUGUGUGUGUGUGUGUGUGUGUGUGUGUGUGUGUGCACGCGAGACGGUUCUGUAAAUUCCUUUUGAUAAUAUAGUGAUGAUGAUGGAGUAGAUCAGCUGUGUGUGUGUGUGUGUGUGUGUGUGCGCGUGUGUGUUUCUAUCCAAUAAAUCUCUUCUAUUCUCA